GCGGGAAGCUGCAAGCAGCCUGCCCGGAUUCUCCUUGCAAAUAGUGCGAAAUUAAUUGUAACUUGUGAUUUUCAUAAUUUUCUAACUCAUUUUGGGUAGGUGUACCAGAAUUACAAUAUUUAUAAGACAACAGAGUGGCUUGACUUCAUGAGGGCCAAGUUAGUGGUGAUACAGAGGUGUUGUCGUGAUGAUGAAUGUUAAAAGCCAGAACGUUUGGGUGACAACGUUGAGAGUGAUGACCGUCUCCCCACGCAAACGGACGAUGGUGGGUCGGUUGAGAUCCAGUCCCAAACGUGGGAAAGGUGAUUCACUGGAAGAAGAUUGGCAUUCUGCAGCAAACUUUCCGUUUUCAGAAUCCCCGACUUUGCCCAAAAAAACACAGACCAAGAGAGGUAAACCUUCAUCUGCUGCUUCGAGAUCUCAUAAGGAAACAACACAGCAGACUCGCAGGCAAAGUGUGUUACUGAAGCGUCUUGAUCUCCCAACAAACCUGACAGGUGUGUCUCCAGGCUCCACUGCACGAAAAACACGUAGACAGUCAAUGGUUCACUUAAGUAUAAGUGAGACAGAGCGAAGGGAAAUUCAGAACAAUAAGUUGCUAUUGCCAGUAGCAGAAAAAUCAAGUUCAAGGAAGGUGUCUAGGUCCAAACUGCCACCCAGUAAGCCAGCUCCUCCCAAGCAGGAAACAAAUACAGAAAAGAAGGAUAUAGUAAAAACAAAAUUGCAAGAAAAAGAAAUUAAGAAAACAAUGACAAAACCGAAAUCUAAAGGAUCCCUUGUAAACCAGAAUGACUUUGCUCGACGUAAAUCACUAAGAUCAUUCGGUUUAGCUGGAAACAUGUUUGAAGACAGAACAAAAAGAAAAGCAGGAACUGAAGUUACAAAUGAGGUGCAGCCAGCAGCAAAGAAAAGGAAAGCUGAACCUUCCUCAUAUAAAAAAGCAGAAGUUGCCCAAAUAAACCUUUUUUCACCAAAACUUAGGAAAGCAAAAUAUUGCACAAGUCCAUUGGUUAAGCAGGAGAAAACUUUUAAACCAGAAACAUUGUCUCGGACAAAAAAUACAAGUCCAUCAGUUAGGCUGAAUAGGAAGACUGCAAAAUCAGCAUCUUUGUCUCAGAUAAAGUCUGUAACUCCAUCCCCAUCCUCUCGUACAAAAGUGUCAAGCACAACAAAGUUCUCCAACAGUCGUCAGACUCGAGGAAGCAUCACCAACUUGGUUACAGUAACAAAGAGAGAAUCACUGCCUCGAACUCCUAAUUUUCUCUCAAAAAAAGAUGGGGAAACGCCAUCACCCUCACCAAGGUUUUCGAGAGUAACGAGGUCCUCAGUUAAAAGUAAAAAAAGAGUCAAAUUAAUAGUCAAGAGUCCUAAAGCAGAGUCUCCAGUCCUAGGAUUCAGGAAGACUCCAGCUUCUAACAGAAAAGUUCAAGCAAAUCAUGUCAGUGCCCAAGGAUCAUCUGUACUGCCAACUGCACGGAUGCAACUGGAAUAUAUAAGACAUUCAUCUCCUUUACGAUCCACUAGUAAAGUUGCUAACAGCCGGGUGAAACCAUACACCCCUAAACCUGAUCCUGCGCCGAGCCAUAUAUUAAAACAGACUCUGAAGAAGAAAGUGGAACAAGAUUUGGAUGUUGUAACACUGGUUGAUGUGCAUAAAGAGAAUGGUGAUUGUAAUAGUCCAAGUCGAUUAAUUGCGAGGUACGUGGAUGUACCUGUGGUCGUCCCCAGCACUCCAUCUUCAACCCACAAUUUGCCCCCAACACCCAAAUCCUCACGCCAGCACCAGACCCCUUCAAGCACUAGCAGGUGGUGCGUGGAACCACGUCGCGCACUAAAUGUGGGUAUGGUGACUGAGGCCACCUCACUGCCAUCAGUAAAGUCAUCAGUGGAAUCAUCCCGCAGCCUGACUACAAUGUCAUGCCAGCAGACUCUUUGCCAAGCAACUCCUCGAAGUAGCACACCCAUUGAAGAUGAAUCGAGAUUAGAUGCUCUAACAGGAGUUGACACUAUGGUGAAAGAUUCAAACAAAGUGUGUCUAGAAGAUGCAUCUGUUGAGUCUUCUAGCCCUUGUAUUUCAGAGGAUGAGGAGGAGGAUGAUGAUAAUGAUGACGACAGUGAUGAUGAUGAUGACGACGACAAUGAUGAUGACAAUGAUGAUCCUACAGAAAGUGAAGAGACACAACAGUCAAGUAGGAAAAGUUACUGUGUGCUUAUGUAGAACUACCAAUGAUGAUAUACUUAAUGGUUUUAUCAUUUCUGGAUGAUGGUAAAUGUCACCCCAUCUCCAUUUCUUUGUUUUAUUGUGAGAUUAAUUCAAGCAGAGUCAAUUACUGUCUUCCCAUUGCAAGGCUUAUACUGUACUGCAUAACUAUUCCUCGUUACAGCUUAUUGGAUCAACCUUUGUUCAUUCACGCUGUGUAUCCGUGAGAGUUACUGCUUUACAAAAGUGAAUGCUUAAGUCUCUAUAUAUUAGAUAAAUAUACAGUACUGGCAUUGAAGGGUUAUGAUGCAUAUUGAAUGGUCAAUUCUCGCCCAAAUUUUAAAAGACACUGACUGGCUGCUCUGCAAUAUAUAAUUUCAAGUAUGUAUAAAUUUUUGUAUGUCACUUUUUAGAUUGGUGUGAAGAACAUGUAAUUGCAUAAUAUCACACAAGUAGGGUUUUACAAGUUACAUGCACAAGAUGUAUAUACCGUACAAUUUUUUUAUAUAGAAACUUUAGGUAUUAUGAUGGCAUGGAUACACAAGAGGUACAAUUCUUUCCCAAGAUGGCCAGCUAAGUAAUUUUUUGGUCAUAGUUAAAUUUUUACAUCAAUGCUUCUUAAACUUUUUUUAGUGCCUUCACCCUCGAGUCUUUAUUGCAAAAUUUCGAUAGUUUUCCAUUUUCAUUUCUCUGUAUAUACUGUACAAUUAUACAUGACGCAUUGUUGCAUAGUUUGAAAAGACAACAUAAACUAAUUUCAUAUU